AUGGUGUCCUUUCGAAGUGCAUCCAUUCUCCUCUUCUUUUUUCUCUUUGCAGUCAUUGUUGUAAAUUCAAAACCGAUAAUAAAAAGUGGAUAUUCGAAGAAUCACCAUUUGUACAAACGCCGAUAUCCCUUGAAAAAUGAUGCUGAACUUGAUUUCUGGACUGGUUUGUACACAUUCCUUGUUUCUGCUGAUUCCUUCUACGGUGGUUAA